AUGUCCAUCUCAAAGCACAUCAAUCCUGAGGCUCUCAUCCAUGAUGGACAAGAUAAGAGGCACCGUCAUCGUCACCUUCUUGGCGGGGAUCCCAGCAAAAUAUCCCAUCCAUACAACGCGCGAUAUGGAACAGAGGCUAUUCCGAAGUUUAAAAUUCCCUCAAAGGGGAUCGGUGCUGAUGCUGCAUACCAGCUCAUUCACGAUGAACUGGAUCUGGACGGUUCCCCGACGCUCAAGUACGCAAAUCCCUUUGCAGCGCACUCUCUAUUUACAGCUGACCAUGAUGAAUACCCCAUGACACAGAAUAUCCACAUGCGUUGCAUUUCCAUUCUCGCUAAUCUCUGGCAUGCCCCGUCUACGCACGAUGCCAUCGGAACUGCAACAACAGGGUCAUCCGAGGCCAUUCAACUCGGAGGCCUCGCAAUGAAACGUCUCUGGCAAGAACGUCGCAAGGCUGAGGGAAAAUCCAUUCACGAACCUGGUCCCAACAUUGUCAUGGGCGCGAAUGCUCAGGUUGCACUGGAAAAGUUUGCGCGCUAUUUCGAAGUCGAAUGCCGCCUCGUUCCGGUGAGCGUCGAGAGCAAGUACAGGCUCGAUCCCAAGAGGGCGAUGGAAUAUGUGGACGAGAAUACUAUUGGUGUCUAUGUUAUCCUCGGCAGUACCUAUACCGGGCAUUACGAACCUGUAAAGGAAAUGGCCGACCUUUUGGAUGAAUACGAGAAGCGUACCGGUCAUUCAGUUCCCAUUCACGUUGAUGCGGCUUCCGGUGGAUUUGUUGCUCCCUUCGCUAACCCAAAACUUGUGUGGGACUUCAAAAUUCCCCGGGUGGUCUCGAUCAACACCUCUGGUCACAAGUUCGGCCUUGCGUAUGUCGGUGUGGGAUGGGUAGUCUGGCGCUCAAAGGAUCGCUUGCCUAAAGACCUUAUCUUCGAGCUCCACUACCUGGGCUCGGUGGAAUAUUCGUUUUCACUCAACUUUUCCCGCCCUGCGCACCCGAUCAUUGCCCAGUACUUCAACUUGAUACAUCUGGGCUUUGAAGGAUACCGUGAGAUAGCCUUGGCAGACCUGAAGAAUGCACGGCUACUGAGCCGAGCUCUGGAGAAAACGGGGUUGUAUACCGUCUUGAGCGACAUCCACAGACGCAAGUCGGAGGGAUUACUGGCCAAAGCGGUGGCUAGCAUUGAUGAAGAAAACUCAGAGGGGUACGAGGAAGGACUACCUGUGGUGUCCUUCCGUUUCUCCGACGAUUUCCAACAAAAAUACCCAGAAAUCGAACAACGAUGGAUACAGGUCCUCCUGCGGGCCAGAGGGUGGAUUGUACCCAACUACGAGCUUCCUCCGGAGUUAGAUAACAUCCAGAUUCUGCGGGUCGUAGUUAGGGAGCACGUGGCUGAAACGUUGAUUGAUCGACUGUUCACCGACAUAGUUGAGGUCACUGAGGACCUUAUAAAUCGUAGUUCCUCCUCGCAUGCUCUCGACAUACUCGGCAAGCAUCAUGACGGGAAGACCGAUCACGUUCACUUAGGGAGAUUGGAGGAGGGCUCGGGAUCCCAGUCAUCCGGCACGUAUGCGAAACAAUGCUGA